AAUAUGUCAGCCUCCACUUGAUUUAUAUGUUUAUAUCUACGUCCUCGUUUUUUGUGUUCUCCAUGUUAACUUUAAGAGACUACUGAAAUACAUUAUCAAAAUAGGGGAACAUGUCGUCUGUUUCUCGGGCGUGGUUAAGGUCUAUUAGGCUGGCAAUGCCACUAAACUCAUACGGUUGCUGCAGUGCCAUGAAUCCGCGCCCGCUAAGGUUACCACACGUGCUGUGCAUUCAACAGCAACGAUCGAAAACUGAUAAUAGUGAACAAAACGAGCUCUUCGUUCCAGUAUCAAUAAAACCGUCCGUAAAUGACGAUAAUAUUAAUGUUGGGGAAGAACUAGGGGGCCAGCUUAAUAAGGCGGAUUUACUACGAGUGCUGAAUAUGUUUUACAAGCGACCUGAGAUCAAGCGGCUGUGUCAGGAUAGUGGCCUUGAUACUCGCCUGUUUCAUCAGUCCUACAUCAGCUUUCGUAGAUACUGCAUGGAGGUGGAGAGUCUAUCAGCCGAGCUUCACAUUCUCCUCACCGACAUUAUAAACAACUCUGGUCACGUGGAUGACAUUUUCCCAUAUUUCCUUAAACAUGCCAAGCAGAUUUUCCCACAUCUUGAGUGUAUGGAUGAUUUAAAGAAAAUCAGUGACCUAAGAUUGCCUGCGAACUGGUACCCAGAAGCCAGAGCUCUGCAAAGGCGGAUUAUUUUUCAUGCUGGCCCCACAAAUAGUGGGAAAACGUACCAUGCACUCGAACGUUAUGUCAACGCCAAGUCUGGGGUGUACUGUGGCCCUCUUAAGAUGCUUGCUGUAGAGGUGUACCAGAAGACCAACGACAGGGGAACGCCAUGUGAUCUAGUCACGGGAGAAGAGCGAAGAUGUGCUGAUCCUGAGGGUCAACCGGCUAAUCACGUAGCAUGCACCGUGGAGAUGACCAGCACAACAACGCCAUACGAAGUGGCGGUGAUCGACGAGGUGCAGAUGUUUCGCGACAACAGCCGAGGCUGGGCGUGGACACGAGCUCUCCUCGGUGUUUGUGCUGAAGAGAUUCACCUGUGUGGUGAGCAGGCUGCAAUUGACCUGGUAAGGGACAUGUGCAUGGCUGUGGGUGAGGAGGUGGAGGUGCGCAACUACAAGCGCCUAACGUCACUUACAACCCUCGACCACGCAGUUGAGUCAUAUAACAAUAUCAGAGCUGGAGAUUGCGUUGUCUGCUUUAGUAAGAACGACAUUUAUGCGAUCAGUCGACAGAUUGAAAGGCGUGGACACGAAUGUGCCAUCAUAUAUGGUGGGCUGCCCCCUGGAACUAAACUAGCCCAGGCCAACAAGUUUAAUGAUCCAGACAACCCUUGUAAAAUCAUGGUUGCCACAGAUGCUAUUGGUAUGGGAUUGAACCUGAGCAUAAAACGAAUCAUAUUCUACUCACUUAUUAAACCAACUAUCAAUGAAAAAGGAGAAAAAGAAAUGGACACCAUCACAACGUCACAGGCUUUACAGAUAGCAGGCAGAGCAGGCAGAUAUGGCACACCGUAUAGCGAGGGCGAAGUGACAACGUUCAAGUCGGCAGAUUUACCAACUCUCCGCGAGUUGAUGGGUAGCACUGUCGAGAAGAUAGAGGUUGCAGGGCUACAUCCCACUGCAGAGCAGAUUGAGUUGUUUGCCUAUCAUCUACCAAAUGCUACACUCUCCAACCUAAUAGACAUCUUCGUCAGUCUGUCGCAAGUAGACAGCGCCAUUUACUUCAUGUGCAACGUCGAUGACUUUAAGUUCCUCGCAGACAUGAUCCAACACGUUCCGCUGGAGCUGAGAGCACGCUACGUGUUCUGUUGUGCUCCCAUUAACCGCAAGAUGCCGUUCAUAUGCACCAUGUUUCUCAAGUUUGCGAGACAGUACAGCCACGGAGAAGCGAUCACGUUUGACUGGCUGUGCCGGCAGAUCGGCUGGCCAUUCCAGGCUCCGGAAACCAUUCUGGACCUCGUGCAUCUGGAAGGAGUAUUCGAUGUGCUUGAUCUCUACCUGUGGCUGAGUUACGGUUCCGGCGGACCAUGUUUCCAGGACACCAGGUCGUGCGGACAAUGCGGCAGGCAGGAUGCUGGACGCUGUCCAUCACAACUGGGAGUGAUCACAUCACCCGUCUGCUGGCGCAACACCGAGACUAAAGCUCCUAAUUUUAUGUAUGCUGAUCAACUGUUCCCAGGUGACACAGACUAUGAGCUAAGUCCCCAGAAACUCAAAGGUCAGCGUCAGACGAAAGCCAGCGAAUUACUCGAAGAGAAUAGCAUUACAAACACGGGAAGACGCAUGAGUGCAAGCGAAUCUACGCGACUACAGGGAUCCUCUGUGCUUGGCAGAAGAAUUAAACUGAAAGAGUCCCACGAAAGUGAAAACCUUGACAACAUGUCAGUGAGCGUUGGUCGGGGGAGCUUAACGCAACAGCUUCUCAAACAGGGCCUAUUAACACCAAGAAUGUUAUCAGAUUUGCAGAGGGAGUGGGCAAGCCAGCAGGGUGGCAGACUGGAUGAUGACCAAAGCACUGACAAUGACCACAAAAAUAGUGGCAGUAAGAGUAAGUAUAAACGGACGAUACGCAAGCCAAGAAAAUAAGGGUGCGCUGGGACACGAUUUACUCCACCUUAUUUACGUGACGUUGACCAAAAAGCUCCAUUGUGCGACGCUGAAAGAAAAUGGUCGAUGAGACAACCUCGUUAGUUCGAAUGAAAUGUACGUAGCAAAUUCAUCAACCUUUUGCUAACUGUCGAGAAACUUAUUCCUGGAGGAGCCUAGGAAUAUGCCUUUGAGAGGGAAGUGGAAACUGCAAGUGUAAGAAUUUAGAAAGAUGUGGCUAAUCUUCAACUGUCAUUGCCAUGACACGGUCAGAACAAUCGAUAUUGCUAAUCCAAUCACUCGCUCAUUAAAGUGAUACAUAGUAUUCAAUGUGCUACAACUACUGUUUUGGCUCCAUUUUUAUUGUAUAUAGAAUUUAGGUUUAGACAGAUAUGCUAUUGUACAUUAGUCGUCGCCUUUUGUUAAAAGUAUUAAAAUUAUAAACAGUUAUAAUGUGUUUAAUUUAAAAAUUUGGCAAUAUAGGUGCAUCAUUCCCUAUCACUAUAUAACAUUUUUUAUAUAGACUGUAUCUAUAACUUUUAAAUAACAUAUAGCUUAGCAGCAACAGAAGAAUAAAUACAGUUUAUGUAUAACACA